AUGCUUGUUGAUAACAUGAUAUGUGAUGCUGGAGUCCUUCUCGAGAUGGGGCACAAGAACGGCGAGGAGUUCGGGAGACACGAAGAAUUCAAGAGUCCGAUGAAGUUCCUCAAGGAGAAGAUCGACGCGGGCGUGAACUUCAUUUUUACGCAGAUGUUCUAUGACGUCGACAUGUUCAUCGAGUGGGUCAAGGAGGUCCGCGCGGCGGGGAUCACUAUCCCCAUCGUCCCGGGAAUUAACCCGAUCCAGACGUGGAACGGGUUCCACAGGGCGACGAGUCUCGCGAAGACGAAAAUCCCACAGUCGUACCUCGAUGCGCUCGAGCCAUACAAGAAUGAUGACGAGAAGGUCAGGGAGAUCGGGACUAAGUUGGUCGCAGAGCUCUGUAAGAGGAUCUUGCAGGCGGAUGUGGGAAUUCGCGGCCUCCAUUUCUACACCAUGAACCUCGAAAGGGGGACGAAGAUGCUGCUUGAGGAACUGAACUUCGUUCCGAGGGUGGAGACGAUCAAGCCUCUGCCUUGGCGGCAGUCUCUCACUCCCACACGGCGACAAGAAAGCAUUCGUCCUAUCUUUUGGGCCAACCGGACAAAGUCCUACCUCUCCCGUACCGAGAACUGGGACGAGUACCCCAACGGUCGUUUCGGUGAUUCUCGCAGUCCCGCUUACGGUGAACUUGACGGUUACGGCGUAUGGAUCAAGCAAACGAAAGAGGAUGCUCUCAAGCUGUGGGGCCACCCGGAAACCCCCGCAGACAUCGCCCAACUCUUCUCUAAAUUCUGUAAGAACGAAUUGUCCGCCCUUCCGUGGUCUGACCAGGGACUCUUGACGGAGACGUCCGCCAUCGCUGGCCAACUUGCGAAGAUGAAUGAGCUCGGUUUCUUGACCAUUAACUCUCAACCCGCCGUUAACGGGGCGAGCAGUGACGAUAAGGUCUUUGGAUGGGGUCCUCGUAAUGGUUACGUUUACCAGAAGGUGUUCACGAGCACGUUCUUCGGGUGGCAGGAGCUGGUUCUGUGGGAAACCUGCGACGGCAAUGUCGAAGUAGUCGCCGUACUCUUUACGGAUGUGGCGGACGAGGUCGAUACCAUGGGCGAAGCCACCGUCGACAGCCUCCCAUUCAUCCUUUCCUUGUGGUGGGUCACCGCGAAGUGCAAGGACGUUGCGGCAGCCGAAAUGUUUCGCAUCCUGGAAGAAGUAGGCGUGGGGAACUUCAGUCGGGUAGUCACGAGACGGGAAUGGGAAAGGGAAAAGAAAGCAGGACGUACCCGGAGAGCAAUGUCGACCUUUUCCCUCGGCAUGUUCGUGCAAGUGAGAUGCAUGCAUGUCUCGAUACCGAUCAAGCUUUGGCAUGUCUUCACCAGCUCGGAGGUGAGGUCAGACGUCCGUCCACCCGCGUUCCUGCACUUCCAUUCGUUUCACAAGUCUCACGGGCAGAAAUCAAUGAGAGAAACACACCAAGUGAUAUCGAUGAACUCCGGGCCUAGCUGGCGCAUGCGCUCUAUCCGGUCUAGGAGGUUUUGCAAGCCCUGGAUUCACAGGCAUUUAGCGGUCAUGAAAGGUCAUGGACACGAAGAAAAGCACACACCUGGGCAGUUCGUGGCGGGAAGUACUCAAAGGACCACCAGACCUUAUCCUCCUUCGCAGCCUGCUCAAUCUUUUGACUGA